GUAGAGCACACACAGCACAUUUAUAUACAUAUAUAUAAUCUUAUAUUAUAUAAUAAAAAUUAUAUUUUAAAAUUCUAAAAAUUCAUUUCCAUUUCACUUAAAUAAUUAUCUAAUUGUAACUAUGCCCUUAAUUAUCGAAUUUAUUUGCAUUACAAUACUAAAAACGCAAGAUUAAUAAUCCAAUUCUUAGUUAAAAAUGACGAUUUUACCCCAGUGAUCUUACCGGGCUAUCGUUUCAUCCCCAAACCACUGAAGGGUUGUUCAUUAUGCAAAACCGGAGCCCCCCUAGGGUUCCGUUGAUUUUUCGGGAGUCUGCUACAACGAUUCGGUUUUACAACCUAAAUGGCAGUUGUAUUUUAGCUGUACCGAAAACUGUUCCCGAUUCGAUUUCUUUCGAUGCCAUAAAUCUUAUCUCGGAACGGUCGUCAAGACCAUAUAAUUUUCUUUAGACAAUUUCACUCUGAGGCAUUCCCUAUAGUUGAUUCGGUACCUGAAAUUGCUAUAAAAUCCAUUUUUCGAUAUUCUAAACUUAUUAAAAUUACGUGGCAGCGUCAUACGAACAUGGGGUAUUACAGAUGGUAAUGGAUGCGGCAGGGCCAUCCAAUAUGCCAUAUACGAUGCAUGAUACUGGAAGUGGAAUUAGUUAUCAGACUUACAAUGUAGAUGAAACACCGAAUGAAAAUGCACAAGCAUUUUAUGACAUGUUGUCUGCUGCACAAGCUCCCUUGUAUCCGAAUUGCGAAGUAGAAAGUGAACUUUCUGCUGCAGUUAGGAUGUUGAGUAUUAAGUCCGAUUAUAACAUGUCUGAAGGUUGUUAUAAUGAAAUCAUGUAAUUUAUGCAUCAAACAAUGCGAACUGAUAAUCAUGUACCCACUAAUCUUUAUCAUACUAAGAAGUUGGUUUCCCAACUUGGUCUUGGUUGUAAGAAGAUUGAUUAUUGUUCAAAUGGGUGUAUGUUGUAUUAUAAAGAUGACGAAUCCAAGAUGAGUUGUAAGUUUUGCUGUCAUCCUCGUUCCAAACCAGUAAGAAGUGGGAAGGAAAAAUUUAAACAAAUUUCUUAUAAAAAAAAAUGUGGUAUUUGCCUCUCAUACCAAGAUUGCAAAGAAUAUAUGCUUCUACCAUUACAGCUGCGAGCAUGAGAUGGCAUCAUGAAAGUCGAAGAGAGCCCGGUGUAUUGUCUCACCCAUCUGAUGGGGAAGCAUGGAAACAUUUUGAUCAGAAUUAUCUAAAUUUCUCUGCCUAUCCUAGAAAUGUUAGGCUUGGUCUUUGUGCAGAUGGGUUCACCCCGUAUAGUCAAUCAGGUCGCUCAUAUUCUUAUUGGCCAGUCAUUGUGACUCCAUAUAACUUGCCUCAUGGAUUGUAUUUGAAAAGAGAGUUCCUUUUUUUGACUGCUAUUAUUCCAGCUCCAUCAAAUCCGAAAAAUAAGAUAGAUGUGUUUUUACAACCUCUAAUUGAUGAACUGAAGUUGUUGUGGCAAGGAGUUUUAACUUAUGAUGUUUCAACAAAGACAAAUUUUAUGAUGAAGGUUGCUUUAUUAUGGACCAUCAAUGAUUUUCCUGCAUAUGGAAUGUUAUCUGGUUGGAUGACAGCUGGUAAAUUAGCAUGUCCAUAUUGUAUGAAAAAAACUAAAGCUUUCGUUCUAAAGUAUGGUGGAGAUACGUCAUUUUUUGAUUGUCACAGACAAUUCUUGCCAAUGGAUCAUGUAUUUCGGAGAAAUACCAAUGCUUUUCGAAAAAACAAAGUUGAGAAUUCUUCUCCACCAUCUCGGUUAAAUAGAGAUAAUGUUUUUCAAAGAGUCUGUAAUUUUCCAUCUAUAUUGGAGUUACAAGACUGUGGUAUGCCUGGGUAUGGUGUAGAACAUAAUUGGACCAAACAGAACAUUUUUUGGGAAUUACCAUACUGGAAAGAUAAUAUGAUCCGGCACAACUUAGAUGUAAUGCACAUUGAAAAAAAUGUUUUUGACAAUCUUUUUAAUACAAUAAUGGAUGUGAAGGGUAAAAGUAAAGACAAUACAAAGGCCAGAAUGGACUUGAAAGAAUAUUGUAGACGGAAUGAACUUGAGCUAAUAGACCGUAGUGGGGGUAAGUAUUGGAAACCUAAGGCGCAAUACAUGUUCACAGGAGAGCAGAAGUUAAGUGUUUUGAAGUGGGUAAAAGAACUUAAUCUCCCUGAUGGAUAUGCUUCCAGAUUGGGUAGAUGUGUUGAUAUGAGAAAUGCAAAGUUAUUUGGGUUGAAAAGUCAUGAUUGUCAUGUUCUCAUGGAGAGAUUACUUCCAAUGGCAUUUGCAGCAUUACCAGAUCGAAUUUGGAAUUUGGUUACUGAGUUAUGUCAGUUUUUUAAAGACAUUUGUUCAACAGUAUUGAGGAUUGAACACCUUGAUGCCUUGGAACAAAAUAUACCCAUAAUUUUAUGCAAAUUAGAGCGUGUAUUCCCUCCGGAAUGGUUUAACCCAAUGGAGCAUCUGCCAAUACAUUUAGUUUACGAAGCAAAAGUGGAGGGACCAACAAUACAGAUGGAUGUAUCCCUUUGAAAGGUAAUAACAUUUGAUAAUGUUGUACCAUGUUUAUUUUAAAAUAACUUAAUUUUUUAUAUGUUGACAAGAUCUUGGAAUUAUUUAGGUUUCUCAACACUUUAAAGAAGAAAGUCCGCAAUAAAGCUCGUGUAGAAGGAUCUAUAUGCGAGGCAUAUUUGAUUGAGGAGACGUCUACGUUUGGUUCAUAUUAUUUUAAACCAAAUGUUCAAUCAAGAAGAACGAGAGUUCCUCGAAAUGAUGAUGGGAGAGAUUCUUCAUAUCCACAAAUUUCCAUUUUCAAUUAUCCAGGCCGUACUGCUGGUCCAAUGAAAACUAGGUGGAUGGAUGGAAAAGAGUUUCAAGCUGCCAAAUUAUAUGUCUUGCUGAAUACUCCAGAGGUCGAACCUUAUAUCGAAUAAGAAUUAAAAUUUAAAUGAAUAUAUUUAUAAGUUUAUAUUGAAUUCAUAUUAUUUAGUUAAUACGUAACUUUAAUUUUUUAGCAUAUACACCAACUUACUACGCGAGCUAUCUUCAAAUAUCACCGACAAAUAAAUAGAUGUUCAAAUCGACGAACAUUUUCCUACGUGGUUCCAUCAGCAUGUACGUUAAUUCAAUGUUAGUUAGGUUAUUUUCUAAAUUGAAUUUGAGUAUACAAUAUUAAGUGAUUCAAACGUUGUAUCAAGUGAAUUUUAGCAUGCAAGUUACGGAUCCAUUAAUUCAGAACAUAGGAUGGGGACCGACUCCACAUGUGCGACAUUGGCUAAUGUAUUUUGUUAAUGGAUAUAAAUUUCAUACCGUCGAAUGGAGUAAUAGUAGGUCUAUCGAAAAUUAUGGUGUUUGCGUGCCUGGGACAGGAGUUGGAUCUUCAGAAACAUAUUACUAUGGAAAAAUCAUAGAUAUUAUUGAAUUUGAAUAUGCAGGCUUACUAAUCAAAAGGGUAGUUCUAUUUAAAUGUGAAUGGUAUGAUCUGAGUCCUCGGGGAACCAAAAUUCAUGAUAAGUAUGGUAUUGUGGAGGUUCGAUCGUCAAGAAAGUAUAAGAAAUAUGAUCCAUUCAUAUUUUCCCAACAAGCUGAACAAGUUUAUUACGCGUCGUAUCCCGACACUUGCCAUGCUAAACAUGAUUGGAUGGUCGUUAUUAAAACAAAGCCACGAGGUACAAUAACUGCUCCCGAAGCCAACAUGGAAGAACCCUUUCAAGAAUAUGAGAUACUAGAAUCGUCUCAAAUAGAUCAAAAUUAUAACUUUACAAGUACUUUACAAGAUUUAGAUGGUAUAGUUGAGGAAAUAGAUGUUUCAGAUGUCGCUUAGCAAGAAGAAGAUGAUGCAGAGGAUGAAUCUAUAUCAGAAGACGAUGAAAAAGAGUUAUUGUCUGAUGACAUAGAUAGUGAUGCUGAAAUCAUGGAUGAAUAUGUUGAAGAAGAUGAUUAAUUUAUUUUUCAACUUGUAAAUUAACUUGUAUAUGUUAUGAUAUAAUAUUUUGUCUUUUUUAAUGUUUGUGAUUGUAUGUUUUGUCAAUUUUGUAUUUUUCAUGUGAUUCUCGAAACAGAUGUCAGGCCAUUCUUCUCUCGGAUCACGUAGAGGUAGGGGUAGUAGAGCUAGAGGUACCAAUCGAUCCUAUAGGAGCACUCCUUCUCCGGAUUUCAGUAGUGCUGGUUCACACUCUUCUCCUUCUGUGUCCACACAUGCUGUUUCGUCUACUUCUUUAUACCCUCAUCCAUCGCAUCCACAGGGUUUCGUACCCAUGACUCAGUUUCAACAGCCAUAUGGUGCGAUGCCAUUUCCUAUAGGUUUUCCUAUAGUUCUACCCACAUCCCACCCAUCCCAGACUGAACCACAAUCUGCCCCUUUGCCUAUGCUGACUUUUCAUCCCUUUGGAGGAUCAUAUCUAUUCCCAUUUAUACCGACACCUCAAGCACAUCAUUCGUCCUUCUCUCCUGGACAGAAUGUUGAGGCGACUCCAUCUGAGUCAACAGAGACCGACCAAGUUGAUGGACGAACAAAUUUAUCCUGUAAUCAGAGUUGUGAUCAUUUUAUUCCUACUGUUGGCCCACCAGCUGAUCAAACAAAGAUUUGGAAGAGACGAUAUACUGAACCUUGGAUUCAUUGGGAUGAAGUGCCAGAAAUAACGCGACGGAUGUGGUUGGAAGAAUUUAGUAAAAAGUACAAGUGGCAACCGGAGGAGAGUGAUCGUAUAUGGAUCACUUGGAAUGCGUCAGGUCAAAAAAGUUUCCAAAACAGUUUGAACAAGAUUAAAAGUGGUGCUAAUACGGGUGCUUGGAUGGAUCCGGACGUGCAGAGGGCAUUGCAAAAAAAGUGGAAUGAUGAGCAAUACAAGAAAAGGGCUGAACAAAAUAAAAAAAAUCGCGCUUCUAUGACUGGUGGGUCAAUUCACACGGGCGGAUCCAUUCCUUUCACUGAGAGUCGAAGAAGGAUGAAAAAUCCAUACUCAGAAGGAUGAUUAAGGUCAAGAAGUGUGGGUUGAUAACAGAUCAAAAGGCGUUGCGGAGGUGUUUGAGAGAUUAAAUGCAGAGACAUCUUCAGCAUUUGUCGACAGUGAUUUGCCUUCUUCACCUGCAGUCGACCAGCACCACUUCUUCUAUCAGGCUGUAUCUAGUAGGAACAAAAAGGGUCGUAUUUACGGCCUCGGGUCUCAAGGUAAAGAGUCUUACCCGGGUGGAUCUCGUAGCACCUCCAAUAGUUCAUGUGGUGGGUCCAUGUCACAUGAUUUUGAACAAAUGAAUUUGAGGGUCACCUAGAUAAAUGAGGAGCUGUGCAACCAAAAUCAAGAAAUGAGACAGACAAUCACCCAUAUGACUGUGGAGAAUGCGGAGUUACGAUAGUGGCAGCAAGAGAUGGCGGCGUGGAAGGACCAAAUGAAUCAAAUGAUGGCGACAGUAUUUAAUCAAUCUACAUUUGCUGCUGGACCAUCGACAGGCCCAUCGAGUGGAGACCGAAUUGAUGAUAAUGAAGAUGAUGAAGGUGAUGAGGAUGAUGAGGAUAAUGAUAGUUAAGUGUAAUCGAAUAUUUAUGUAUUUUAUGUAAAUUUCAUUUUCUUUACUUGAAUUUCAUAUUCCUUUCUUACA